AUGCACGCAAUGCAUGAAGAUCUGGCUUGUCGCCGUUUUAAGUGGGCACUUGAUGGAUUGCUGCUUGAAGGAAACCAUGUUGAAACAAUCGGUGAUGCAUAUAUGAUCGUUUCCGGAUUGCCGAAAGAAAACGGUAACGCUCACGUCGAAAAUAUCGCAGAUGUGGCGCUCAAAAUGAGGGCGUUUGUGUGCAAGUUCAAAUUGGCUCAUCGACCAAAUGAACAGCUGAUGGUUCGAAUUGGAUUCCACAGUGGAGCUGUAGCAGCCGGCGUCAUUAGCGACCAAUCCUACAACCUUCUUCACAGCUACUAUCCAAGAUUUCAAAUUAUCGAACGCGGAAAAAUAAGUGUUAAGGUAUGUUAAUG